UCCACUCUCCACUCUACACUGCAUCAACUGCAAAACGUUUCGUUUUUCCUUCUUCCUUAUCAUUGCUAAACUCGCUGCGAAAUGGCCGAGUCAACUGUAAUCCGAUUCGGAGUGAUAGGGUGCGCCGACAUAGCUCGCAAGGUCUCACGCGCCAUCGCGCUUUCUCCCAACGCGACGCUGCACGCUGUCGGUAGCCGCUCACUCGAAAAGGCUCGAAGCUUCGUGGCGGCAAACGGUGGCGCCAUCGCGUACGGCUCAUACGAGGCCGUCCUCGACGACCCCGACGUCGACGCCGUCUACGUGCCGCUACCGACGAGCCUGCACGUGCGAUGGGCCGUGCUCGCCGCUCGCAAGAAGAAGCACGUGCUGCUGGAGAAGCCCGUGGCUCUUAACGCCAAAGAGUUUGAUGAGAUAAUUGAGGCGUGCGAAUCCAGUGGGGUGCAGCUCAUGGACGGUACCAUGUGGAUGCACAAUCCCAGGACCGCUUCAAUGAAGGAGUUCCUCUCCGAUGCGAACCGUUUUGGCCAGCUCAAAUCGAUUCACACUUGUUUUACAUUUUCUACUAAUGCUGAUUUCCUCGAGAAUGACAUUCGUGUGAAGCCUGAUCUUGAUGCUCUUGGCGCUCUGGGUGAUGAAGGGUGGUAUUGUCUCAGGGCAAUUCUGUGGGCAGCAAACUAUGAAUUACCUAAAACUGUAAUAGCAUCGCGCGAGCCUGAGCUUAAUAAAGCUGGUGUGGUAAUGUCUUGUGGGGCUUCUUUAUACUGGGAAGAUGGGAAAGUAGCUACCUUCUAUUGCUCCUUCUUGUCAAACUUGACAAUGGAUAUAACUGCUGUUGGGACAAAAGGAACUCUACAUGUUCAUGACUUUAUUAUCCCUUAUGAAGAGAAGGAGGCUUCAUUUUAUGCAGCUUCAGAAUCAGGCUUUGAUGAACUUGUGACAAAGUGGGCUUCACAGCCAAGUAAGCAUACAAUAAACACUGAUCUCCCUCAGGAGGCUCUUAUGGUAAGAGAAUUUGCCCGUUUGGUGGCUGAAAUUAAAUUCAACCACUCGAAACCUGAGAAGAAGUGGCCAGCAGUUAGUAGGAAAACACAACUUGUAUUGGAUGCUGUGAAGGCUUCAAUUGAGAGGGGUUUUGAACCUGUUCAGAUUCAGGAGUGAAGGUGUGUAUGUACUGUAUUUGUACCUUGUUGAAUUGAGAUCUUUGUUCCUUUAGUUCAUCACAACAAAAAACUGUUCUGUUAUCCAAAAAAAAAAACUGUUCUUAUUUGUCUGAGUGCCCUGUACUGGGGGAAACACAAUGAACUUAUUGUUUUCAUCCUUCAAGGAAACUUUUUUCUGUACACUUUCAUCACUGGUGACAGUAUUAGCUUUUUAAGUUAAGUAUGUAUUGAUCUCCCUCAGCAUA